GGCUGGAGGAAAGGUAUAAAAGGAGCCAGCAGGCUUCAAGAUCUGCCAGACUGGGCCAGGGAAGAAGUGCUCAGCUGCGGAGGCGCGCCUCCUCCCAGAGACGGACCGCUGAACAAGGGCUCCCGCUGCCGGACCCGAGCUUCCUUUGACUGGUCAAUCUCCUGGUUCCAACAGCCUGUCUGCCUUCCCUACCUCUCCUCGGCUACAGGUUGACGCCUUUGCUCCAUCGGUAACAAUGAGAUCCCGGCUUUUGCUGUCUGUGGCCCACCUGCCCACGAUUCGGGAGACUUCAGAGGAGAUCCUCCCUGGGGGAGCUGGGCAGGAGCCCCCAGCCUCUCCUAGCUUGGAUGACUAUGUCAGGUCUAUCUGUCAGCUGGCGCAGCCCACCUCUGUACUGGACAAGGUCACAGUCAGGGGUCGACCCAACAGAGCCCAUCGGCCUGCCCAGACCACGGAGAAGAGAAGUGGGGCUUCAUCCCUACGAAACAGUAACCCUUGCUCCAGUGGCCAGCAACCCACACUGCCCUCUGCUGGCAUUGAUGACCCCCUGGCUUGGCUCUUUGGGGCAUCACAGGAACAGCAACUAAAUGGAAGGGACGUGGCCAUGAGAUCGGGCCCCUCUGGUGGCCACUGCGGUGCACAUAGACAGACGGACAGCGGCAAGGCCAGAGAGAGGCUCUGCGAAGCCCGGAUGCCUGAUUGCUCUCUGGCAAGACCAUCACAAGACAAGCGCCCCACCUCCAACCCCAAAAGCUGGACUUCCGCACGGACCUGCCGGGCCUCUGCCUGCGGCCCCCGCCCAAGCAGCAUCCUCAGAAGUCUCUACUUGCAUCUCCCUGUCAUCCAUGAACUCUGACCCCUCCCCAAUAAAGUCUUUUGUAAACAG